AAAAUAGGAUAAAAAAAACACCGCUGUGACCCAAUACCAUAUCUAGAAAAAAGUCAGUAAUCUUCUCAUUUUUCUAUCCCUUACAAAAACCUCAAUCAGCUUACACCUUCCGACAACGCACUCACGAAUUUUGAUCGGAGUCGAAGGAAAUUUACAUGUUCUAAAAGUAAAUAAAGUGAACAAAGGCACGUUGUGAUUACUUGAUGGCGAGUGCUGACGUGGAUGCCGUAGAUUUCGAGCCGGAGUACGACGACCUCAUGGACGAGGACACCACCGGCGACGCCUCCCCUCAAGCCCCAAUGCCUAAGCUCGGGUCCGCCAUCACUGGCGGCGCUCCUACCUCUUUUUCCCGCCCUAAGAAGACCAAGGGCCGUGGCUUCCACGAGGACGGCGCCGACCGCCACUCCCGUCUCGCCUCCCGCGACUUCGAGUCUCUCGGCACUAACGGCGGCCCCGGUCCGCAGAGAUCUAUUGAAGGAUGGAUUGUUUUGGUCACUGGUAUACAUGAGGAAGCACAAGAGGAUGAUUUGCACAAUGCGUUUGGUGAAUUUGGUGAGAUCAAGAAUUUGCAUUUAAAUCUUGAUCGUCGCACUGGAUAUGUGAAGGGAUAUGCACUGAUUGAAUAUGAAAAGUUUGAAGAGGCAAAGAAUGCUAUAUCCACAAUGGAUGGAGCAGAACUUCUUACACAGACUGUCAAUGUUGAUUGGGCCUUUAGGAAUGGGCCCAGUACUGGAGCCUUCAAAAGAAAAAAUAUGAGAUCUGGACGGACACAUCGCUCCAGGAGUCCCCGGAGAAGAUACUAACUUGUGCUCUAUUUUGAGGGUGGAUUUAUAACACUAGAUUUCGAGAUUUGGUGCUUGAAAUUUACUGAGAUUUAGUCCUGUUUUUUCUUGUGUGGCCAUUGUGUUUAGUUUUCAAGUGCGGCUUUUUUGGUUUAUAUUUAACCACUUGGGAGUAAUGAUCUUUGCUAUUAUGAUCAUCUUUUUAUUUCUAAGAUAUUAGCUAGACAUCUUGUUAUUAGUAACCUUUCUCAUUUUAAAAUUUGUGUAGUAUUAAAUUAUGGUCAAAAUGUGUAAUUCGUCUCUGUAUCUUGCUUAAUCACUCUUGCUAAAAGGAUGGUUUAUCAAUCACUUUAUUGUGAAAUACCAUAUUGACCUGUUUUGUCACGAGUAUUCCUAUAUUUCGCUGAAUGGACUUCGACAAAGGGUUUGAGUCGAUGAGUGGAAAACUUCCUUUUCGUGCUCUAGAUUUUUACCUUGGGUGUCAUAUGAUUGGGUAUCAUAUAAACUGGCCAGAAACAUACAAAUUU